AUGGCUGACAAGAUGGAUCGCGGUCUUGAUGAGAUCAUCGCUGAUACUCGCGCCAAUCGACCUCGCAACCACCGUGGCCAAGGUCGCCGACGUGAACCCCGUAAUGACUACCCUCGCGAUGGUGUUAGAAAGGUUGGUUUCUCCUCAGACGGCAACUCGGCCUUCUUCUCCGUUCGCGACGAUUCACGAAACCUUGAUAGCGAAUGGGUCCACGACCGAUUCGAAGAGAACAACAAUCGCCGAGCUCCUGCUCCUCGUCGCCGCCGCGAAUCACCAGACCAGGAGUCCAAGGGCGCCAAGCUCAGAGUUGACAACAUUCACUAUGACCUCACUGAGGAAGACCUGGAUGAGCUAUUUCGAAGAAUUGGCCCAAUUGUUCGCCUUCAGCUACGGUAUGACCGCGCUGGGCGAUCCGAGGGGACUGCUUACGUGACGUACGAACUGAAGGAGGACGCUCAGGAGGCGGUCAAACAGUUUGAUGGUGCCAAUGCCAAUGGUCAACCCAUUCGAUUGACUCUGCUACCCUCGCGAAACCCAUUUGAUACCGCCGUUAUGCCCGGCCGUCCACUGGCAGAGCGAAUCUCGAGUCCGGGGGAACGAAGAUCCCAUUCCCCCCAUCGCCGGUAUGAUGAUGACGAUGCUGCCCGCAGAGGAAUCGAUAGAUAUGUUCCCGGUCAGGGUCCUCGCCGCAGCCCAAUGCCUCGACAGGGUGGUCGGGGCCGCGGUCAGGGUGGUCGUCGCCCUGGAGCUCGACGCGAUGGCAGAGACGGCAGAGAUGGGAGCAGAGAUCAGGAGGGCGGACGCGGCGGACGAGGCAACCCUCGUGGAAAGAAGACACAGGAGGAGCUGGAUGCAGAGAUGGCGGACUACUUUGGCGGCGGUGACAACGCGCAGGCCACGGAACCUGCUCACCAGCAAAAUGCACCCACUGCUCAGACACAGGCACCGGCGCAGACUCAAGCUCAAGCUGCAACCGACGAUGUUGACAUGAUCGAGUAG